CUCGGCGGGCCCGGGGGAAGGCCCUCUUUGUGGCUGCAGUUGGCAAGAUGGCGCCGGUGGGGGUGGAGAAGAAGCUGCUGCUGGGGCCUGAGGGAACCGGGGCCCCGGGCGCCGGGGACCUGCCCAGCGAGGAGGACGAGGGGCAGAACCUAUGGUCCUCCAUCCUGAGCGAAGUCUCCACCCGGUCCAGGUCCAAGUUACCAGCCGGCAAAAACAUCCUCGUCUUUGGUGAAGAUGGUUCAGGUAAAACAACACUCUUGGCUAAAUUACAAGGAGCAGAGCAUAGCAAAAAAGGAAGAGGUCUAGAAUAUCUAUACCUUAACAUUCAUGAUGAAGAUAGAGAUGAUCACACACGUUGCAAUGUGUGGAUCCUGGAUGGAGAUUUGUACCAUAAAGGCCUGUUGAAGUUUGCUGUUUCUGCAGAAACCCUGCAAGAGACUCUAGUCAUCUUUGUAGCAGAUAUGUCUAGGCCUUGGACUGUUAUGGAAUCUUUACAGAAAUGGGCCAGUGUUUUGCGGGAACACAUUGAUAAAAUGAAAAUCCCACCAGAAGAAUUGAGAGACAUGGAGCAAAAGUUCGUGAAGGAUUUUCAAGAGUAUGUGGAACCUGAGGAAGGCUAUCAAGGCUCACCACAGAGGAGAGGACCUCUAGCUUCAGCACAAGAUGGUGAAAAUGUUACCUUGCCACUUGGAGACAACAUGCUCACACAUAAUCUUGGGAUCCCGGUCUUGGUAGUUUGCACAAAGUGUGAUGCAGUGAGCGUCCUAGAGAAGGAACAUGACUAUCGAGAAGAGCAUUUUGAUUUCAUUCAGUCGCACAUCCGUAAAUUCUGCUUACAAUAUGGAGCUGCCUUGAUUUAUACAUCAGUUAAGGAAGAAAAGAACCUUGACUUGUUGUACAAGUAUAUUGUACAUAAAACAUACGGUUUUCACUUCACCACACCUGCCUUAGUGGUGGAAAAGGAUGCAGUUUUUAUACCUGCUGGUUGGGACAAUGAAAAGAAAAUAGCUAUUUUACAUGAAAAUUUCACAACAGUAAAACCAGAUGAUGCAUAUGAAGAUUUCAUUGUAAAACCUCCUGUAAGAAAGUUGGUCCAUGAUAAAGAAUUGGCAGCAGAAGAUGAGCAAGUAUUUCUAAUGAAGCAGCAGUCAUUCCUUGCCAAGCAGCCCGCCACCCCAACAAGAGCAUCAGAAUCUCCUGCUAGAGGACCCACAGGCUCUCCAAGGACACAGGGCCGAGCUGGCCCUACCAACGUCCCCAGUGCCUCACCCAUCACAUCUGUCAAGAAGCCUGAUCCAAAUAUUAAAAAUAAUGCUGCAAGUGAAGGAGUGUUGGCCAGCUUCUUUAACAGCCUCUUGAGUAAAAAGACUGGCUCUCCUGGGAGUCCUGGAGCUGGGGGAGUCCAAGGCUCAGCCAAAAAGUCAGGACAAAAGACUGUUUUGACAAAUGUUCAAGAAGAGCUGGACCGAAUGACUCGCAAGCCUGACUCCAUGGUAACAGCAAACUCUUCGACAGAAAAUGAAGCUUGAUAGUGCUUAAAACGUACCUGUGUAAAUGACCAAAUAACUCUGUAUAUUGAUCUGACAAGACCAGGAUUUUUUCUGAUACAGCCCAUGCUAUCAGUUUUUCUUGGGGCAGGGGAGAUUGAACUUUAAAAAAAACAAAAAUACAAAAAACCACAUAUACACAACCAACCAACUUCUUUGGUUUGUCCAAGUGUAAAAUGCACAUUCAGGAAGUUUGCCUAGAAAAAUCCCUCUGUUUCAGAUAACCCUUUAGAGUUCAGCUAGGAUAGCCUUGGUGGGAAGCAGGAGAAACUACAUUUCUUUGACGUGGGCAACACCAAGGAACAAACUGCAGAAUUUCUAUCCAAGUGAAGCUAAUGGUGGCGUGCAAGGACAGAAGGAGGGACCAACUUUCAGAUAGUUGCUAGAGUCCAAGCACUUGUGUGUUAACAAUUCCUUUGUGCCUGGAAAGAAGGUGCAGGUGGCAGCAGAGUCCAGGAGGGCGAAGAAGGCCUAAAGAGAGAGAAUGAGAUUGGAUGCCUGGAGGAAAACCGAAUGUGGAUGAGGUGGAGGAAGACAGAAGGACAGUCAGUGUUAAACCCUGUGUGUUCAGUAGGAGUCUAAUAAUUAUUGUUCAAGAUAAAUUAGAGAAAAGUCUAAACUAAACACUAAACAUCAUGGGAAUUAUUCUUGUCAUGAAUCACGUCUUUAGUUUUUAAAAGAUGUAUAAAAUGUGGGAUUGCCCUUCAGUGUACCUGAUGCAGGGGGGGAUGUUACUCCAGCUUGCUUCGAUCCAAGUACCUGGCACAUUGUGGAAUGGCUUAGAAGGUACUUGGACUUAAUGUGCACUGUAAUGCAGACAGUCACUGUUUGGUUUUAGUUUAAAGUGAAUAAUUAUGGAAUUAUUUAAUUUUAAAUUGUAUUUUCUAAUAGUUACUGCCUUGGUUUUUUAAUUUUAAUUUUAUUUUUUAUUUUUUUUAAUACCAACAGGCUGGCCUAUUAAUAGAGUAAUGGGUGGCAUAUCAUUUUCCCUUAAUGAAAUAUGCUACAGAAUGUUUUAGAGAGAUUUUUAAUAAUUGCACUCUGGCUACUAAGCUAGCAUGGAUUCCUGCCUUAUAGUUAGUGGAAACCUUCAAAGGUUUUCUUUGAAAGAGUUCGCCCCAACUCACUAGUCUGCUCUGCAGCUAUUUAAGAUGGAGAAUCUGUGUGAAUAUUGCACAUUGGAAAUGAAGAUAAUUAUUUUCUUUUGUGUUUUCCUGAAAACGUAGCAUUUUUUCUAAUGGAAAGAUGGCUCUCAGUUUUUUCCCAACAUAAAACACACACACGUGUGUGUGUGUGUGUGUGUGUGAGAGUGUGUUUAUAGAUAUUCAAGUCCAUAUUCACCUCACAUCAUUUAUGACAUAGAAGAUGCUACAGUUUGCAAAUGGCACUUUUAUUUCCUGAGUGAUGAGGAUCAUUUAACUACAAAACACUACCAUGAAUUUCGUGGACAAAGCAUUUUUGUUGUCAAACUGAAGGGGGAAAAAAACCACAAUUUUAAUUUUGCUGAGUUUACUUUUUAUGGAGAUUAACUUGUUAGUUUUUACAAUGUCUGAGCAUAACAUCCCUGAUCCAUAUAUAUAUGUACAGGGUGGGCCAAAAGUCAUGAAGGGGUUUCAUUAAUAGCUCCUUUACUUUUAAUUUGCAGUACCAUAGCAUCCUAUACAAUACAGAUAGGAAAUGAAUUUAUAUUACGUGUGAAAAAUCAAAUCUUGUAAAUGGUGAAAAAUAAAGAAAAACAUUUUCAAAAAGUUAUUAAAACAUCAGGACUUUUGGCUUACCCUCUAUAUAUGUGAUAUAUAUAUAUAUAUCAUUACUUACACCUUCCAUAUUAUAUUGACCACUAAUAGGAAUCCAGGAAUAAUUUUAAAUCCUGUUCUAUCAGGAAACUGACCUUUAUUGUAUUUUGUAACUGUCUCAACACUGCUAACUCGAAUACUAAGAGCAUUUACUUGCCUCUGACAAAUGUUAACCUAAAAGCCUUUUUCUUGUGCCAUUUAUAUUGUUGGGAAUACAGCAUAUGUUUUGUUUUUUUUAACAUUUAAAAAAAAUUGUACUGUGGCCUCAAGUUACAAAGUGGCCUGGGUAAAUACUUGCGAACUGACUGUGUGUAGAAGGUUGAUGUAGGAUUUGUCCAGAGGGAUACAUGCUGGGAGCAAGUGAGUGUUGGAAAGGCUCUGAUUGUACCAGGAGUGGCCAUUGCUUCUUGUCCCAGCAGUAUCUGGAAAAUUAGCAGCAAGAAGGAAUUAUUGAAAAUGCAUAUGUUUAUUAUUGUUGCAGUAUGGUUUUUUCCAAUUAGCACAAUGGAAUUUGUUUUUUUAUUUGUCAUUUUAACUGAUAAGCACUUUCUGUAUCAAUCUAAUGUUUCUUCAUUAUUUGUCAUAAGAUUGAUGAACAUAUUGAGCUAAAAGCUCUUAACGUCCCAGUCUUGUAAAAGGUUUCUCAUGGAACCGUUUUCUGCCAGUUCUUUGUUGCAAGUGAGUGCUCCUAGUGUCAGAAGAAACUUGUCAGUAACUUGGUGUGCUCGGUGGUUGCCAGAGUCAGUCAGCUUUGGGCAGCUGCCAAGUAUUUUUUGUUCCUGUUGUUUUCCUGUUGUGGGUGUCGCCAAACAUUGGAACCAAAGGCCAAGUAGCAAGCAGCCUUUACUUUACUUUCUCUGCAGAAUACGCUUGUGUAGUAAACUGUUUAAAAAAAAACAAGCCUCCUCUGUGACUAUCUACACAUGCGCAUUCCAGUGCUUACAUCUGUUGUUCCUGUUUAAAGCUGAAAAUGAGUCCCAGAGUUGGCCAUCACAAGAACACUGCAGACAAGCUGCGUAAGCUUGGUUAUUUUUCACUUAAAGCUUGCGCUGUUUCUGAUUGGCAUCUUUAAAACCAACGUUAAACUGUCAUAUUUUAUUUAAUUAAGUGGGAAGGGACUGCUCUGUACAUCAUGGAUCUAACAGUAACCAUGCUGUAAUUCACUGUCCUGUACACUAAAUUUCAUCAUCUUUUUUAACCUACAGUUAGAAUGACAGAUUAUCAGCCACAAAUCCUAAUCCAGUUGUAUGGCUUUAACCAGGUGCAGUAUGCAGUCAUAUGGAAUCUCGCUUUCUAGCGCUGGCAAAACGGAGAUGUCUCUAAUUACUGGCUUCAAUAAACACGAAUCCAGACUG